UCGCACGUGGCCCGUCAUACAGUAUGAUCAGGCAGAAUACCUCGCUCUGAUGGACAAGUUUCGCGAUCACGGGAUCCCCUUGGCUGUCAGCGUGAUCGAUAUGGAUUGGCAUCUGGUCGAUGGAGCCGAUCCAAAGUUCGGCAAUGGUUGGACCGGCUAUACAUGGUACAAAGACUUGUUUCCCGACCCAGUCGCCUUUCUGACCGAACUGAAGCGGCGAAACCUCCGAUCGACCCUCAAUUUGCACCCCGCUCAUGGCGUGCGUGCAUUCGAGGAGCAGUACGGGGAAAUGUGCCGUGUGCUGGGUAGAUCGCCGGAGCAAGAGGAUCCCAUCGUAUUCGAUGUUUCGGACAAGGCGUUCAUGGAUGCGUAUUUCGACGUGCUUCAUCGCAAGCUCGAGAGGCAGGGUGUAGACACCGAGAACAAUUGCAAGAUGUGGGCAUUGAACCACUACCAUUACAUGGAUUCCGGCCUCGAUGACAAGCGACGGAUCACUUUUUCUCGGUUUGCCGGACCGGGAAGUCAUCGAUAUCCCAUCGGGUUGUCGGGCGAUACAGUCAUGAGCCGUGCGUCGCUGGAUUUCCAGUCCGAAUUCACGGCCACGGCUUCCAACAUUGGCUAUGGGCUCUGGAGUCACGACGUCGGCGGACACGCCUUUGGUGCCAAAGACAACGAGUUGUACGCUCGAUGGGUCCAGCUCGGGGUGUGGAGCCCGAUCCUGCGCUUGCAUUCGAACGAAAACAUCUUCAAUACCAAGGAGCCGUGGACUUUCAAUCCCCAGACCUGCGCUGCGGUCACUCGAUCGCUACAGUUGAGACACCGUCUGAUCCCCUACCUCUACACGAUGAACUAUGUGGCAGCGACCGAGGCGGGUCCGCUCGUCAGACCAGUCUACUACGAACACCCCAGGGAAACCCCGUGUGUGGCCGGGUCCUACGAGUACAAGCGGCAGUUCUUUUUCGGUAGCGAAUUGCUGAUGAUUCCCAUCAGCGCUCGUACGGACUAUGCUUUGGGUUGCAGUCAGGUCCGGGCAUGGCUCCCACCGGGCGACUGGAUCGACAUCGAAUCCGGCGCAACUUACAAUGGCGGCCGGGAGAUGCUCCUACAUCGGACGCUAGAGACGUACCCCAGUCUUUGCCCGUCCGGGUUCCAUCGUACCACUCGACGGCGCCGAGCAGUUGGGAAACGGAAGCGACAACCCGGACACGUUCGAGGUCCUCGUCGUUGUCGGUGCAAACGGUCGAUUUAUCAUGCACGAGGAUGAUGGGAACGGAAAGACUGUGGAUAAAGUCGUCGCUCAAACGACGACCAUCGAAUACCAUCAGGCUGAAGAACGGCUCGUCAUUAUGGACGGUUCCAACACCCCUAGGACUUGGCGAGUCCGCCUCCUCGGUCAUACAGGCACGAUCGCCGAGCAGGAUCGUUCAAACACUCGCACGGGAGCCGAAGGUAACGGCCUACUGAUCAACCUGUCUCCGAGCUCGACGGGAACCUUCGAGCUGCAUCUCGGUCCCAAUCCGAUACGUAGACCGAUCUCACCAUAUCCCAUAAUCUACAACCUAAGUGCAGGAGCGCAAAUCGAAUACGAGAGCAAGAGCAACUUGUGGACGGCGGUCAACGCGGCAACUCUUCCGGCAAAAGUCACGGGUGUGCAGGCACUCGAGCUCGAGGGGCAUGUGCAGGCAGCGAUCAUCGAAAUGUUACUGGCGGAUGACAGGUUGUAAGAGAGCGCGGCUUUGGUGAUUGUGCUCGUUG